UUCAUUUACAGUUGCAUCGUUAAAAGCUUCUGCAAAUUUUUUUGUUUACUUCUCUCUUUUUUCUCUGCAAUUUCUUCUGUAACUUCUAGGUUUUCAGCCAUUCAUGGGAACUGAAGGUCCACCAAGAACAAGCAUUAAUGGUGGCAACGACGAUGGCAACAAUAAAACAAAGGAACAAAAGGCAAUAGAUGAUUGGCUUCCAAUUUCUUCUUCAAGGAAUGCAAAAUGGUGGUAUUCUGCCUUUCACAAUGUGGCUGCCAUGGUUGGUGCUGGCGUCCUUAGUCUUCCGUCUGCAAUGGCAAACCUUGGAUGGGGUCCUGGUGUGGUUGUCAUGGUAUUGUCAUGGAUCAUCACUUUAUACACAUUAUGGCAAAUGGUGCAAAUGCAUGAAAUGGUUCCUGGGAAGAGAUUUGAUAGAUACCAUGAACUCGGUCAACAUGCAUUUGGAGAGAAAUUAGGCCUUUUCAUUGUGGUGCCUCAACAACUCAUUGUUGAAGUUGGUACCAACAUAAUUUAUAUGGUGACUGGAGGGCAAUCGCUGAAAAAGUUUCACGACCUUGUUUGCCCGAGCUGCAAGAGUAUCAAAUUAUCUUACUUCAUCAUGAUCUUCGCUUCAGUUCACUUUGUACUCGCCCACCUCCCCAACUUCAACUCCCUCUCUGGUGUCUCUUUGACUGCAGCUGUUGUGUCCUUGGCUUACUCGACGAUUGCUUGGACAGCCUCCGCCACAAAGGGUGUUCAACCAGAUGUGGACUAUGGAUACAAAGCUAGUACUACAUCAGAGAUUGCUUUUAACUUCUUAAAUGGUCUGGGAGAUGUGGCUUUUGCUUAUGCAGGGCAUAAUGUGGUGCUCGAGAUACAGGCAACAAUCGCAUCUACACCAGAGAAGCCCUCGAAAGGACCGAUGUGGAAAGGAGUCGUUGUUGCUUAUAUCGUUGUUGCCCUGUGCUACUUCCCUGUUGCUUUUAUUGGAUACUGGAUGUUUGGAAAUUCUAUGAAAGAAAACAUUUUGAUGUCACUAGAGAAACCUACAUGGCUUAUUGCAAUUGCUAACAUGCUUGUUGUGAUCCACGUUAUAGGAGGUUACCAGAUAUAUGCAAUGCCAGUGUUUGACAUGAUAGAAACUGUAUUGGUGAAGAAAAUGCAUUUCAAGCCUAGUUUUACGCUUCGAUUCAUAGCUCGGAACGUAUAUGUCGCAAUCACAAUGUUCAUUGCAAUUUGCUUCCCUUUCUUUGGUGGUCUACUUGGAUUCUUUGGAGGAUUUGCCUUUGCCCCAACAACAUAUUUCCUACCCUGUGUCAUGUGGCUUUCCCUUUACAAACCCAAAAUGUUUGGAUUCUCUUGGUGGACUAAUUGGAUAUGCAUCGUACUUGGAGUGGUUAUAAUGGUCACAACGCCUGUGGGAGGACUCAGAAAUAUCAUACUUCAAUCCAAGAACUACGAUUUCUUCUCAUAAAUUACAACAGCUUCACUCAGAACUCAAAAGAAGCAUAUGACAAUAGUAUCCAUAG